CAGCGAAUUUGGAGUUCCCCAGCCACUUGGAUUUUCCCUAUUAUUCCCAUUAAUUAUUUCGCAUUGACCGGGUUCAGUCCUUUCUUCUCUUUUUUCUUUCUUAGGAAUGCGCUGCUACUAAUCUUGUCCAUUUAUUCAUUCAAUGCGAUUGAACUGACCUCUGUUCAUUCAUUUUCUUUAACAAGCAGCAUUCAACUAUACCCAUUCUUCGAGACAAUUCGAUUCCGAUUCUCGCAAUACUAUUAUAAUCCUUUUGACCUAAUAAUCACCAAUUCGGCGACACUUUACCUACUACUAUAGUAUUCGUUUAAUUGUCGCAUUGAGACUACAAGACACACUUGGUCUUCCUAUAGCGUUUUACAAAACACACUCGUUACACAAUGCCGCCCGCUGUUCAUGGAGGUGCUCGAGGGGGUCGUGGUGGCCGCGGAGCCUUUAGGGGAGGAGCAGGAGGAGUAAUGCCUGGCGACCCAAUCCCCUAUCCUCGAAGGAGAAGAUACAGACCAGGAACUGUCGCAUUAAGGGAGAUCCGAAAAUUGCAAAAUAGCACCGAUCUUCUUCUACGAAAAUUGCCAUUCGCUCGGCUAGUUCGUGAAAUUGCGUUAUCGAUGCGCCCAGUCGACGAAGGUAUGCGAUGGCAGUCGCAAGCUAUCCUAGCCCUGCAAGAAGCCGCCGAAGCGUUCCUCGUACAUCUUUUCGAAGAUACGAAUCUAUGUGCUAUACAUGCGAAGCGAGUCACGAUAAUGCAAAAAGAUAUUCAACUCGCGAGGCGAAUACGUGGCAUAUGGGGUGGUCUGGGUUGAUCGUGCGAGAAUGAUGACUAUAGUGUCAUUUUCUUAGUCUUCGCUUGAAAUGACCAUGCUAUGCGUCAUUAUCUCUUGGGAUUUCCCCGUCGACGUCCGAUGAAUUCGUCUCAGUGGAAGGAAGCUUGUACGAAGAGAGGGUUCGUUGAUAAAAAUAUCGGAUACACCAGGCGUUUUGCUGGUUUGGCCAGGGAGGUAAAUGUGAGCGGGCGUUCUGGAGUCAGUCAGACAGAAGAUGGUCCAGUUUGAUUUUUUGAUACCACAAGGCUUUGCUUUCAACAGAAAGCUAUCGGAUUGCAUCGCAAUAAUAAUGCUCAAUAAUUCGCAUCCAAACUGUGGAUAGGUUCCACCUAGUGAAGGAUUUCGAAGAGGUUGAGAAGGAAAAGAUGUUGAGGGCGAGCACGCUGGGUCGGCGUCUUACAGCUCCGCAUCUAUGUAAAAUUGGAGUCCACGUGGAGUGAUUCAGGGAUGCUAGCGGUUAUAACCAACAGCCUUUAGGGCUCCUUCAGUGUACCUAGGAGCUGCGAAUUAGUGACGUCAAUACCUAGGUAGCUAGCAAAAGUCUCCGAAGCUCCCCCUUACAUAGUACAUCAAGUCCUACCA